CGUUUACCGUACGCCCAGGAAACUGAAACACACACAGAUAACAGCCGUGUUGAGGUUAAUCAGCAGAGUUGGACAUUCAGGGGAUUAUUUUGAGCAGUGUGAGAGUGGACAGGACGGGCUGACAGUGCUAGCGGCGCUCUCCUCGGUGUGCCCAGCCAGCAGUGAAGAAUGAGUUCUCGUUCAGAGCACAGAGGCAUCCAUGUGGAUCAGUCAGACCUGAAAUGUAAGAAAGGCUGUGGCUACUUUGGAAAUCCAGCCUGGCAAGGCCUGUGUUCCAAGUGCUGGCGGGAAAGGAGCGUUCAUUCUCGGUCCAGGCAGAUAGAAGAGGACCGGGCACUGGCAGAGAGGUUGCAAAGAGAGGAAGAAGCUGCGGCCUAUACGAGUAGCCAGCAGAGGGCACACUCAGAGACCUCCACCACCCAGGUCAGCAAAAUCGAGAAGAGGCCUGUUCAAAAAGCAAACGCAGUCCCUAAAGUGAAGAAAUUCUUUAAUACAUCCCCAAAGACUGGCCUGAACAAAGAUGCCACAGUUCAAGAGACACAGUCAACACCCACCACUUCAAUCAGCCAGCAGCCUGUUGCUGACACGGAUCAAGCCACAAGACAGUUCAUCGACUUUCUGAAGACCCUGCAGAAGCCGGGCAGAGAGAUCUUUAAGCAGUGCCAUGCCUACUGUCAGCAUGUGGCCUACAAGAAGGAUCUUGGGGCUGAGGAGCUCUCAGAAUCUGUACAGGACUUCUACCAGAACCUAUCUGACCGCUUAAACACCAUCUACAAAUGGGCCCCAGACCGGGUAGAGGCUGUCAUGGACGAGGUAGAGAAGUACAUGAUGCUGCAUUUAUAUGAGCAGGCUUUCUGCCCAGAGUCUGCAGAUGAUGAGGUCAAAGACCUGGAUAUUCAGAAGAGAAUCAGGGCUUUACACUGGGUCACUGUACAGAUGCUGGGUGCCCCACUGAACGAAGAGAUCCCUGCAGUGUCUGACAGUGUAAUAAAGGCCAUUACUGACAUCAUUGAGAUGGAUUCCAGGCGUGUUCCCAAGGACAAACUUAGCUACGUCACCAGGUGCAGCAAGCACAUUUUCAACUCCAUCAAGCGAAGCAAGCGCGAGGCUGCGUCCGCCGACGACUUCCUGCCAACACUCAUCUAUGUGGUACUGAAGGCCAACCCACCCCGCCUACAGUCCAACAUACAGUACAUCACCCGCUUCUGCAACCCUAGCCGACUCAUGAGCGGAGAGGACGGAUACUAUUUUACAAACCUGUGCUGUGCCGUAGCUUUCAUUGAGAAAUUGGAUGCCCAGUCUCUGAGCCUGAGUCCAGAGGACUUUGAGCGCUACAUGUCCGGCCAGGCAUCUCCUACCAGAUCACAGGAACCCUCUUCCUCACAAAGGAGCCACAGAGUAGAGCUGGCCAGUGGAGGCAGCGCUCCAGUGGCAAAGACCUACCAUCAGCUAGACCUGCUGACCGACCUGGAGACACGGCAGGAGAGAGUAAUAGAGGGAGCGCACCGGAUGGAGAAUGACCUCAUUGAGUGGAAGGACGGGAUGGAGCGCUCCGUGCAGGACGUCCUGGAAGGGCUUCAGCUUGAGACGAAGCCCACAGCGACGUCCGCCAUUGACUCGGACAACGUCGACAGCGAGGGUCUGCCCCCUCCUCUACAGCCUCAGGUGUUUGCUGGGUAGCUUUCCAUCGUCACGUCCAUCGAGCCAUUAUUCAGUGACCCAACCACACCAAAUGGCAUCUUGACUGUUAAAAUGUAGGCUAACCUUCGUGUCCCUCAGCUUGGGCCCUGCUGACUGCAGGUUUUGGAGUUUGGAAUUGGGUGAUGGUUUCUUCUCUGAAUUUGCAAGAUACCGUGUUUUAUUUGUCUUUCCUGUACCAGGGAUUAGAUUUGCACAUCGUUCUGUUUAAGUUGAGCUCCCCUCAACAGUUAUGUUUUAAGUAAAGCUUUGCUUAUUGGGAUUGAGCUGGCCAACAGAAUCCAAAAUCUAGGCUGGGUUUCCUGAAAGCAUCUCAGCACAAAGAUGGUUUUUAAAUGGUCGAGUGGGCACAACAGUGGGACUGUGAAUUUGCAAGAACAUGGUAAUGUGAUAUGUUUUAUGAAACAAGAGUUAUGAUUAAGCCUGUCAUGAUACUUAAGUUAUUAGAUUAACAUACAGUAUAUGGAUAUGACCUCAGAUUUAGCUUCGCAGAAAGAGCUCAGCAUUUUUAUUUGUAUUAUUUAUUUACAUAUUUAUAUUCUAAUUUCAGUGUCUGAAUAUUUGAAUUAAUUACAAUUUAAUUGUUUUUUUAAAAGAAUAUAAUUGCAUUAAAUUUACUAUUAUAUUCUCAUAUUAUCACUUGAAUAAAAUUGUCCUAAAAUGACAGUAAUAUUCAGCUCUGUAAAAAAAAUAAGACACCACUUCAGUUUCUGAAUCAGUUUCUCUUAUUUUGCUAUUUAUAGGUUUAUGUUUGUGUAAAAUGAACAUUGUUGUUUUAUUCUAUAAAACUACAGACAACAUUUCUCCCAAAUUCCAAAUAAAAAUAUUGUCAUUUAGAGCAUUUAUUUGCAGAAAAUGAGAAAUGGCUGAAAUAACAAAAAAGAUUCAGAGAUUUUAGACCUCAAAUAAUGCAAAGAAAACAUGCAUAACUUAAUGCAACUUCUGGUGCAAACAUUCAAGCAGCUUGGUUUGAUGGCUUGUGAACAUCCAUCUUUCUCAUAAUUAAAUUCCAGAGGUUUUUAUUUUGGUCAAACCAAAGAAAUUCAUCAUUUAUGAGUGGUCUUUUAUUUUUCUUUCCAGAGCUUUUUAUCAGUUAUCAACUGACAUAUUCAUACAUUACAAUAAUUAUGCCAGGCUACGGUUAAGGUCUAAGUUCCAUACUUCAAACAUUGCAAAUACACAGAGAGACCAUUAAUGUAAUUAAGCUAAUGUAAAGUCUGUUAAAAAAAAAUAAUAAUAUGUAGAUUAUUUGUAUAAUUACUAAUUUCUAAAAUAAUUUGAAUUACUACAAUAAUAAUGUAAAAAGUGCAUUUCCUUUUAAAAGAGUGUAAUUGCAUUUAUAAUGUCAUUCUAUUUAAUUAUAUCACUAUCAUAAAGUCAUCUUAAAAUGCGAUAUUGUUUAUUGCACAUAUAUAUAUAUAUUUUUUUUUACAAUAUAUCUUCCAAACAAAUAGAGUUAUCGUGACAGGCCAAGUUACAUAGAUUCAGUAUAUUGUUAUGUAUUUCGUUACUGUAAGCAAGAUGAUUUUUUUUUUUUGUCCAAUCAGAACAGAGAUCUGAAGACAAAGUGCAACACUCCUGUCUGUACUAUUAAUUAAAAAUCAAUACAGUAUUUUUAAUAUAUAUUAUUUCAUAAUAUCACAAUUCUUCGAAAUAUCAAUAUUGUUUUACACCCCUAUACCAGACUAAAUUCUCUCUCUACCAGUAAAUGGUGAUGCUUUUGGGAAACCAGGCGCUGUGAGAGCACAUUCGUGAUUAUUUGUGAGUAAUGUGGAGUUUUCUGAUCUGUUUCAGAAUCUGUUCUUUUGUUUUCUUGUUUUGCUGACUUGCACACUUUGAGGUCAGAAGGAGGAAGCUCCAGAUUAGGAAAUCUCUAUUCUCCCACCAUUUCUCAUUUGUCAUGAAGAUAACCACUGCAAGGCUGGUCAGAUGUUAAGGAAGUUGGUUAAUGGGGGUUUUGCUGUGGCAUGCGAGUCUUCCAUUCAGAAGAUAAUAUAUUAAUAACCACUGAGGAAAAAGCAAUAAGCUAAAUAAUAUUCUGUUAAAACUUGAACCACAAUGAAAAGAGUAUAAAAGAUAGACACAUGAUGGUGAGAAGGAUGCCUGGUAGCAGCAUUUCUUUUCUGAUGGGGUUUGUCAGUGGUGCCCUGUGUCACCUCGACUUGGUUUUUUUUGCAGCGCUGUCCAGCAGUGUCAGCAGACUCACUUAUGAUCGUUUAAAGCUUAGUGUGCUAACUGAACACGUUGAGCUUUGGCAUUUUAACUGGAUGUCUAUGGUGAGAAUGUCUCUAGCAUGUCAGGUUAGAGCAGCAGCAGCAGCUCAAAACUUGACAUAGAAAAUUAUACCAUUAAAAAAAUAAGAGACCACUUAAAAGUGAUGAUUUUCUUUAAUUUUACCAAAUUGAAAACCUCUGGAAUAUAAUCAAAAGGAAGAUGGAUGAUCACAAGCCAAUAAACCAAGCUGAACUGCUUGAAUUUUUGCAUCAGGAGUGGCAUAAUGUUAUCCAAAAGCAGUGUAUAAGACUGGUGGAGGAGAACAUGCCAAGAUGCAUAAAAACUGAGAUUCAAAACCAGGGUUAUUCCACCAAAUAUUGGUUUUCUUUGCAUUGUUUAAAGUCUAAUAAAUGCUCUAAAUGACAAUAUUUUUAUUUGGAAUUUGGGAGAAAUGUUGUCUGUAGUUUAUAUAAUAAAACAACAAUGUUAAUUUUACUCAAACAUUUACCUAUAAAUAGCAAAAUCAGAGAAACUGAUUCAGAACUGAAACUGAAAUGGUCUCUUAUUUUUUUCUAGAGCUGUAUAUAUUUUUUUUCAACAGGACUGAAAAUCUAUACAUUGAUUGAUUGAUUGAUAUUGCUGCUUCAUAUUAGUUUUUUUUUUAAUCAGAAAUUUUAUCAUCAGGGAGCUACAGUAGCAGUGUGCUCUUACAUUCUUAGAAUAACUGUUGGCCAACUCUCUCUCAAUCAUCCUCUCGGUCUUUGGCAACUUUCUCUCUGUGCAGACGGAGGCCUGUGGGAUCAGCCAUUCUUAUGCACUUUUUUAACCUGAAAGCCUCAUGAAAAUAGAACAGUCCAGUCUUCAGUUAAUGUAGGUCAGAAUGAGUUUAUUUUUGUGCUGUUAGUUCUUAUUUAUAAGGAAACAUGAAUAAAAGUUUAGCAAUGUUUUGCAAUGAGUAUUAAUCAGGGAUGUUCCUGGAUAUUCUGUACAGGCAAGUGCAUUCCCUUAGGGUUUGGUCUUUGCGUUUUCAGUUAUUUAUUAUAAAAUAAUAUGUCAUUGAUUUAGUUGUUACUGAAACCAGGUCACUCCAUAGCUUUUAAUAGGUUUAAUAUUAAUAAUGUUGAAUGUAAACAAUCAGAAGAGUUGACUAAAUUAAGAUUGUGUGGUUACCGUGUGAUAUCAUUUACUGUGUUGUUUAACUUGCAUAUUAACCUCCAUAUGAGGUUUGUUUGUCUUUCUGUCUAUCUAUCUGUCUGUCUGUCUGUCUGUCUGUCUUUUUGUCUGUGUAUCUAUGUAUUCACGUUACAACACUGUUUAAAAGUUUGGAAUUAGUUGUAAUAUAUAAUUAUAAUUAUUUUAUAUAAUUACUAUUAUAUUUAAUUUUAUUUUAUUUUCCCUAAUAAAAUAAAUGUAAACCUGUAGUUGCAUGACAACAAAUUCCAGACUUUUGAAUAGUAGUGUAGGUUCCAGCUCUGGGAAUCUUAAAAUCCUUGGCCUAAACAGUUGUUAAAAGGCAUGGACAUGUUGAUGACAAUUAAUUAUAGAUGCAUUUGUGUUCCCAAAGUAUGUCUGUUAUAUAUAGAAUAUAUAACAUAUAAAAUAAAGAAUACGUAAUUCCUGAGAACAUUGCUGCCGCAUGCACACUGCAGCUAAUGCAUAUAUUAAUGCAACAUGAAUGGUGGUGCCCAAAGACUGCUGGCUCUGUAGCGGCUUUGUAGCCGUUUAUUCAGCGUAACCUGAAAAUACUGAGAAUAAAAGUCUAUGAAUAAAUGGAGGAUUAAAUGAU